CUGUUGAUUGGAGCACCAAGAGCCAAAGCACUGGCCAACCAGAGAGCCAACAUAACCGGUGGCCUGUACAGUUGUGACAUCACCACCGAAUCCGAUGACUGUGACCGUAUCGAUUUUGACAAUGAAGGUGAGGUGUUACUCAUAUCUGGUUUUCUCUCAGUUUCUCUCUCCUACACAACAUAUGGUUUAACAUUAUGCUUUAUUAACCACAAUAUACUGUAAGUAAAAUUCAUUCUAAAGCGAGAAUCAACAUAACAUCCUGAUUCCUUCUGAUGAAUUCUCACAGAGGAUGUGAGAGUUGAGAACAAGGAGAACCAGUGGAUGGGGGUGACAGUUAACAGCCAGGGCCCCGGAGGGAAGAUUGUGGUAAGUCAGUGUCAGAGGAUACUCUGCAUGGCUGUGUUACUAGCCAGGUUCAUUGUGCUUUGUAUAUCUGUCAUGCAGAACUUUGUGUCAGAUCUACAGUAUAAUUAGCUUAGGAUCUGCCUUGUAUGCUGAUUCCACUGUCUUGUCAUUGCAGACCUGUGCUCACCGCUAUCAGAGACGUCUGUUUGUGGACACUGCUCAGGAGUCCCGUGACAUCACAGGACGCUGCUACAUCCUGAGUCAGGACCUCACUAUUGAUACAUCCUCUGAUGAAGAUGGAGGGAACUGGAGGUUCUGUGAGGGCAGAGCCAGAGGCCAUGAGAGGUUUGGCUCCUGCCAGCAGGGUCUGGCUGCCACUUUCACCAAGGACUACCAUUACAUGGUGUUUGGAGCGCCUGGCGCCUACAACUGGAAAGGUAAGUGUCUGUUCAUAAGGUAUGCAAUUACGUUGUUGUUGUAAGUCGCUCUGGAUAAGAACAUCUGCUAAAUUACAAAAAAUGUACAAUGUAAAAUAUAAAUGUAAGUUAUCAAAACCUAUUUACUUCAAUGUAUCAAAAUCAGUGGAUGUACAAAGUAUAUAUUUAAAUCUCUGCAGAAUGAGCCAUGCAGUAUAUUGUGACUCACUUGUCCUCUACAGUCGUGGUCAAAAGUUUUGAGAAUGACACAAGUAUUGGUCUUCACAAAGUUUGCUGCUUCAGUGUUUUUAAAUAUUUUUGUCAGAUGUUACUAUGGGAUAUUGAAGUAUAAUUACAAGCAUUCCAUAAGUGUCAAAGGCUUUUAUUGACAAUUACAUUAAGUUUAUGCAAAGAGUCAAUAUUUGCAGUGUUGACCCUUCUUUUUCAAGACCUCUGCAAUCCGCCCUGGCAUGCUGUCAAUUAACUUCUGGGCCACAUCCUGACUGAUGGCAGCCCAUUCUUGCAUAAUCAAUGCUUGGAGUUUUUGUGGGUUUUUGUUUGUCCACCCGCCUCUUGAGGAUUGACCACAAGUUCUCAAUGGGAUUAAGGUCUGGGGAGUUUCCUGGCCAAGGACCCAAAAUGUCGAUGUUUUGUUCCCUGAGCAACUUAGUUAUCACUUUUGCCUUAUGGCAAGGUGCUCCAUCAUGCUGGAAAAGGCAUUGUUCGUCACCAAACUGUUCUUGGAUGGUUGGGAGAAGUUGCUCUCGGAGGAUGUGUUGGUACCAUUCUUUAUUCAUGGCUGUGUUCUUAGGCAAAAUUGUGAGUGAGCCCACUCCCUUAGCUGAGAAGCAACCCCACACAUUAAUGGUCUCAGGAUGCUUUACUGUUGGCAUGACACAGGACUGAUGGUAGCGCUCACCUUGUCUUCUCCGGACAAGCUUUUUUCCGGAUGCCCCAAACAAUCGGAAAGGGGAUUCAUCAGAGAAAAUGACUUUGCCCCAGUCCUCAGCAGUCCAAUCCCUGUACCUUUUGCAGAAUAUCAGUCUAUCCCUGAUGUUUUUCCUGGAGAUAAGUGGCUUCCUUGCUGCCCUUCUUGACACCAGGCCAUCCUCCAAAAGUCUUCGCCUCACUGUGCGUGCAGAUGCACUCACACCUGCAUGCUGCCAUUCCUGAGCAAGCUCUGCACUGGUGGUGCCCAAUCCGGCAGCUGAAUCAACUUUAGGAGACGGUCCUGGCGCUUGCUGGACUCUCUUGGGCGCUCUGAAGCCUUCUUCACAACAAUUUAACCUCUCUCCUUGAAGUUCUUGAUGAUCCAAUAAAUGGUUGAUUUAGGUGCAAUCUUACUAGCAGCAAUAUCCUUGCCUAACGAGAGAAUCACUGACAUGAUGUCAGCUGGUCCUUUUGUGGCAGGCCUGAAAUGCAGUGGAAAUGUUUUUUUAGGAUUAAGUUCAUUUUCAUGGCAAAGAGGGACUUUGCAAUUAAUUGCAAUUCAUCUGAUUACUCUUCAUAACAUUCUGGAGUAUAUGCAAAUUGCCAUCAUAAAAACUGAGGCAGCAGACUUUGUGAAAAUUAAUAUUUGUGUCAUUCUCAAAAAUGUUGACCACGACUGUAGAGGUAAAGAAAGGCUUUGCAACAUACUUCAUCAGACAUUUCCUUACUGUGCUUUAAAGCGGCAAUCAGCAGUUGAAACAAUAACAAAGCGUUCUUCCGACCACUGUUUCGGUAAAAAGCGGGGGAUUGGGAUGGAUAAAUGUAACCACUCUCAAAUUCAAAGACAGAUAUGGAUGCAAGGACUGACCGUCUAUGAUUUCACAAUUAUAGUUUUAACCAUGUUUUUAGGCUAUACAGUGUGUGUUUACAUUUACUUUGUUUACAAACAUUGGACUAAAACAAGCUUAUAUUUGGGGUUCUGAUGGGGUACGACAGUUGAACUAAUCUCAGGAGGCAUUUAUAAGUUGUGUUCUUCAAGAAUUAAUGGGUACAUUUCAUUAAUUCAGAAGUCCAAAAAUGGAUUGCCCUUCAAUACAAUUUUAUUUUCACCUGUAAAAAUAAAUUAACCCAGUUACAUUUUGCUUGUGUCAUUAUUGUUGAAGAUUUCAUAUUGUUUUGUUAAGGGUCAUAUUUAAGCCAGCACCAUUCCAUUGACAUCUUCACCCCUCACUCUCAACCACUCUAGGCAUAGUACGUGUAGAGCAAAAGAACAAUACUUUGUUGGAAAGGGGAUUUUAUGAUGAUGGGCCUUAUGAAGUUGGAGAUGAGAACCGCUUGGAUCCUGACCUGGUGCCUGUGCCUGCUAACAGCUACUUAGGUGGGUACAGUAGGUCUGAACCUUGAUUACGGGAACUAUGUGUUUUCUGUGCUGUCCUGUUCAUGACCAGUUUGUCUGCUGCCAACCCUGAUCGGUUUCUGUAUAAGUCGCCUUCUCUACAGGUCAGCCCUGAGAGAACUUUGGAUGUGACGACCAAUAGUUUCUUAGGUUUGUGACUUCCGAGGUGCCUAAAACCAUUCUUAACCAUUCCAUCUCCAUGGUGGUUAACUUGUGAAUGGUUUAUAAUCUGCAUAUUUUGCAUGUCAUUAUUUCAACAUAAUGUUUGAAUGCACUGCAGUUAUUACUGGGAUACGUACGGUUGAAGUUGAAAGUUUACAUACACUUAGGUUGGAGUCAUUAAAACUAAUUUUUCAACCACUCCACAAAUUUCUUGUUAACAAACUAUAGUUUUGGCAAGUCGGUUAGGUCAUCUACUUUGUGCAAGACACAAGUAAUUUUUCCAACAAUUGUUUACAGACAGAUUAUUUCACUUAUAAUUCACUGUAUCACAAUUCCAGUGGGUCAGAAGUUUACAUACACUAAGUUGACUGUGCCUUUAAACAGCUUGGAAAAUGAUGUCAUGGCUUUAGAAGCUUCUGAUAGGCUAAUUGACAUCAUUUGAGUCUAUUGGAGGUGUACCUGUGGAUGUAUUUCAAGGCCUACCUUCAAACUCAUUGCCUCUUUGCUUGACAUCAUGGGAAAAUCUAAAGAAAUCAGCCAAGACCUCAGAAAAAUAAUUGUAGACCUCCACAAGUCUGGUUCAUCCUUGGGAGCAAUUUCCAAAUGCCUGAAGGAACCACGUUCAUCUGUACAAACAAUAGUACGCAAGUAUAAACACCAUGGGACCACACAGCCGUCAUACCGUUCAGGAAGGAGACGCGUUGUGUCUCCUAGAGAUGAAUGUACUUUGGUGCGAAAAGUGCAAAUCAAUCCCAGAACAACAGCAAAGGACCCUGUGAAGAUGCUGGAGGAAACAGGUACAAAGUAUCUAUAUCCACAGUAACACUAGUCCUAUAUCGACAUAACCUGAAAGGCAACUCAGCAAGGAAGAAGCCACUGCUCCAAAACUGCCAUAAAAAAGCCAGACUACGGUUUGCAACUGCACAUGGGGACAAAGAUUGUACGUUUUGGAGAAAUGUCCUCUGGUCUGAUGAAACAAAAAUAGAACUGUUUGGCCAUAAUGACCAUCGUUGUGUUUGGAGGAAAAAGGGGGUUAUUUGCAAGCCAGAGAACACCAUCCCAACCGUGAAGCACGGGGGUGGCAGCAUCAUGCUGUGGGGAUGCUUUGCUGCAGGAGGGACUGGUGCACUUCACAAAAUAGAUGGCAUCAUGAGGAAGGAAAAUUAUGUGGAUAUAUUGAAGCAACAUCUCAAGACAUCAGUCAGGAAGUUAAAGCUUGGUCGCAAAUGGGUCUUCCAAAUGGACAAUGACCCCAAGCAUACUUCCAAAGUUGUGGCAAAAUGGCUUAAGGACAACAAAGUCAAGGUAUUGGAGUGGCCAUCACAAAGCCCUGACCUCAAUCCUAUAGAAAAUGUGUAGGCAGAACUGAAAAAGCGUGUGUGAGCAAGUAGGCCUACAAACCUGACUCAGUUACACCAGCUCUGUCAGGAGGAAUGGGCCAAGAUUCACCCAACUUAUUGUGGGAAGCUUAUGGGAAGGCUACCCGAAAUAUUUGACCCAAGUUAAACAAUUUAAAGGCAAUCCUACCAAAUACUAAUUGAGUGUAUUUCUAAUUGAGUGAACUUCUGACCCACUGGGAAUGUGAUGAAAGAAAUAAAAGCUUAAAUAAAUAAUUCUCUCUACUAUUAUUCUGACAUUUCACAUUCUUAAAAUAAAGUGGUGAUCCUAACUGACCUAAAACAGGGAUUAAAUGUCAGGAAUUGGGAAAAACUGAGUUUAAAUGUAUUUGGAUAAGGUGUAUGUAAACUUCCGACUUCAACAACAUAUGUUUUCUUGGUUGCGUCAAGAUGACAUGACUACUAUAUUUCACAUCUUGUGUUUUUCUUUACAUCCCAAAUUCACUCAUUUACUCAUGAAAGAUGAAUGAUCUGUAUUAUGCAUAGUGUAAGAUAAAAGAUAUAUACCUUGAUUCCUCUUAUUUCAUGUUGCAGGAUUUUCCCUUGAUUCUGGACAUAGCAUCACCAAGGGGCGUGGCCUGACCAUUGUGUCUGGGGCACCUCGAGCCAAUCACUGUGGGGCUGUGGUCCUGUUGAGAAAAGAGAAUGAAGCGUCCGCAAGACUCUCCCCAGAGUACAUUCUAGAAGGGCCUGGACUGGCAUCUUCUUUUGGAUAUGAUGUAGCUGUGGUCGACCUGAAUGGAGAUGGGUAUGUGACACAAGUUGACUUGUACUUUUCCAGUUUUGGCUUAUCCAUAUUUUAUGUCAAGGGUCCCCAAUUACAUUUAGCCGUAGGCCCAUUUUUCCUUGAGCAGAUGGUCAGGAGGCCAGAACAUAGUUAUAAAUAAUUUGUACACUGCAAAUUGACUUCAGGAAUCCCAAGCAGAUAUAGUAUUUGACAAAAACAGAGUUAUUUCAAACCUGGAUUACAUUUACAUUUACAUUUUUGAUUACAUUGGGAUUAGAGCUCUGCUACCUGACCUGAGCCUGACGGGUCGCGACAUUAUACAUUGGUGCCAUGUAGGGCCUGUUUUUUCAUCAAUAACUAGGGUAUGGGCAGGGCUCGGGUAUCACUAAAUUGAUCACUAACAUUUUGAAGCUGAGCCAUUUGCUCAUGCUCUGCUGUGCCGUACAGUCAUAUCUGACUAAGAUCAUAACAUGGAGUCAGAAGUGCUUAAACCUCGUCAACUAUAAGACAGGAGAGAUUUCACAGAAAAUUAUAAUGUUCCUUGAGUUUUGUCGGAGUUUAGAGUGAAGAAAAGUAGCUAACAGCUAAGCUGAGCUGUUGCAAUGGAUACUUACAGACCCAGAGCCGCAAUGAGCAGAGUGUAUACAGCGUGAGCAGAGUGCAGGGAGCGAGUGACAGACAGAGAGGAGCAGCUAAUGGAUUUGCUAAUGGAGGAAGUUAUUUCUGGUUUCGGGCAGGGCCGGGCCUUAAAUUUGGCAGAAACAAUCGGGCCUGUGUAGGGUAGGGCCUGAACGUCGUGGGCAUGGGCAUGGGUAGGGCUCGGGCUUAAAAUUCAUGCCCGUGCAGGGCUCUAAUUGGGAUACGAUCACAUAGUGUGAAUACUUGGGAACAGAUUUCCUAAAUUAAAAUCACUUUGAGCUGAUUUCCUAGUCAUUUUAGGAAAAUUAUACCCCCCCCCAAACCUUUUUUUUUUUGCUCAGAAAACUUGGGGGGCCAAAUAUACUGAACACAAAUAUAAACAUGUAAAGUGUUGGUCCCAUGUUUCAUGAGCUAAAAUAAAAGAUCCCAGAAGUUCCAUAUGCGCAAAAAGCUUAUUUCUCUCAAAUUUUGUGCACAAAUGUAUUUACAUCCCUGUUAGUGAGCAUUUCCCCUUUGCCAAGAUAAUUCAUCCACCUGACAGGUGUGGCAUAUCAAUAAGCUGUUUUAGAGGAUUUGGUAGUACGUCUAACCGGCCUCAUAACUGCAGACCACGUGUAACCACGCCAGCCCAGGACCUCCACAUCCGGCUUCUUCACCUGCGGGAUCAUCUGAGACCAGCCACCUGGACAGCUGAUGAAACUGAGGAGUAUUUAUGUCUGUAAUAAAGCCCUUUUUUGGGAAAAACUCAUUCUGAUUGGCUGGGCCUGGCUCCCCAGUGGGUAAGCCUGGCUCCCAAGUGGGUGGGUUCAUGAACUGUAACUCAGUAAAAUCUUUGAAAUUGUUACAUGUUGCGUUUAUAUUUUUGUUCAAUAUAAAGUCACCCGCCUAUUGGGGAACCCUGCGUUAUGUCAUCAAACCUACAUGGAUAUUGUAACUUAUGUUUCAAAUUAGCUGUUUCUUUUUUGCAUCCCAGGUGGCAGGAUAUUGUUGUGGGAGCCCCUCAGUUCUUCAUGAAAGAGGGAGACUUUGGAGGAGCGGUUUAUGUCUACAUCAACCAGGCAGGAAAGUGGGACAAGAUCACCCCAAUCCGCCUCAAUGGAACCAAAGACUCAAUGUUUGGGCUGGCAGUGGAGAACGUCGGUGACAUCAAUCAGGACUCCUAUCAAGGUGGGAACCUGACAUCUGUACUUGUUUCUGACCUUUCUGUGCUUGUGUCAUAAUAUUCCAUAGCUAAAUGGCUUCUCUUUUACAGACAUUGCUGUUGGAGCGCCCUAUGCUGAUGCUGGGGCAGGAAAAGUGUACAUUUACCACGGUUCUGCUAUUGGAAUCAACACCAAGCCGGCACAGGUUGGUUUUGCAGUGUUUUAUUGGUCAAAGGGUAUGCUUGUUGACGUAGUUGAGUGACAUCACUGCUGCAUCCUAUUUUUACUUAUUGAUUUAUUUGUCAUUUCAGAUCCUUGAGGGAAUUCCCAACAACAUCAGAUUAUUUGGAUAUUCUCUGGCUGGGAAUAUGGAUUUAGAUAAGAAUUCCUAUCCUGAUAUAGCCAUUGGGUCUCUUUCAGAUACAGUUCUCGUUUACAGGUAAUGAUCUUAUUAGAGUAGCCUAGCGGUUAAGAGCGUUGGGCCAGUAAUUGAAGGUCACUGGUUCAAAUCCCUGAGCUGACUAGGUGAGAAAUCUGUUGAAGUGCCCUUGAGCAAGGCACUUAACCCUAAUUGCUUCUGUAAGUCGCUCUGGAUAAGAGCGUCUGCUAAAUAAAUAAAUAAUAACAAUCCAGUUAUGACCUCAAAAAUACAUUUCAAGAUAACACAUACAGUAACAACUCACAUGACAACUAUUUAUUUUAGGGCAAGGCCAAUUAUUAGCGUCAAGAAGGAUGUCAAAAUUACUCCAAAGGAAAUUGACUUCACAAAGAAAACCUGUGGCAACAGUAUCUGGUAAGGUGUUGAUGGGAUUUGAUGACUACUCAUGUUUGAAAAUACUUCUGUAGAUUUGUUUGCUAUUAACACAAUUUAAUUAUAAUCCAUUUGCUGUCUAUAGCUUGACCGUGGAGGCAUGUUUCACCUAUAAAGCAAACCCUGUAUCCUACAGCCCAAAACUAAGUAAGUGAAGCUUCUCUCUUCUUUCACCUCAGCCCAGUUGGCAUAAUUUGUCAUAGUCCUGAAUGUCCUGAAUCCCUUUGUCCUUACAUAAUACUUACUGUUGUUCUGGAAUGUUUCCUUACAGCUAUCCGCUAUGCAUUUGAGGCUGAGGCAGAUCGCAGGAAGCAAGGGCUUCCCUCCAGGGUCCUCUUCCUCAACAAGUCUCGCACCGACCAGGACUUCCAGUCGACCGGAACUCUGGACCUCCGGGGUCAAAACAAAAGAGCUUGCACCAAGUCGAAAAUCAGACUGCAGGUAUAGAAUUUGGUAUUCUUCUAACCCUCUUGAGAUUCUAGAAUGAUACCUAGAAUGUGGGAAGAGAGAUGGUGUACUCAUCAUAAUUGUUUUCUCUUUCUGUAGGAUAACAUUAGGGACAAGCUGCGUGGUAUUCCCAUUGAGGUGUCAGUGGGAAUCCAGGGUACCAAGCGUCAGAAGAGGCAGAACGCUCUCCCCCAGCUUGUGCCUAUUCUUGACAACUCCCAGCCAAGCAAGGUCGUCACUGAGGUAACCAUACUGCUUCGGAGCUGAGAGAGGAUCUCCAUUUGAAUUUCCCAACUGUUACACAUGUUUCAUGAUGUCAUUGAAUGUCUCAGAGGAAUUGGAAUUCAGUGAAGUUUAGAAUGGACUUACUGUCAGAUGCAUUGAAAAUAAGCUUGAUUGUGCUUCAUUACAGGUGAACUUCUUAAAGGAGGGAUGUGGAAAUGAUAAUAUUUGCCAGAGUAGCUUACAACUGGAGUACAGAUUCUGCUCCAAAGAGCUCAACCAAGAUAUAUUUCCCCCAUUACCUAUGUGAGUAUGAACAAACAUUCUUAGUGCAUAUACAUUCUGUGACUUUCAUAAUGAUAAGAUUUGGAAAAGAAAACCAUGAAUCUGAGGAAGAGGUAUAAGGUUUUGUUUUUAUCCAGGGAGAAUGGGCUACCAGUGAUCUCCCUCAGUGAUCAGAAGGACAUAGCUCUGGAGGUGACAGUGAAGAACAGAAAUGGGGAUGAUGCCCAUGAGGCUAAGCUGGUGGGAAUGUUCCCCAAUGCUCUCUCAUACUCCGGCUUCCGCUCUCAGAAAACGACGGUAAGUGAAGUAGCUCGGGUUUAUUUCAGCAAACACAUUUUUGCUAUCCGUCAAGAAAUAACAUUGUAAUAGGUUCUUGUUCUCCAGAGGGAUAAACCGGUUCUCUGUUUAGCCAAUCAGAAUGGCUCCCAAACAGAGUGUGAACUGGGGAAUCCAUUCAAAAGAGAUUCAGAGGUAGGCUAUGCACUUGUUUUCAUUACAGUAUUUGUCUUAUUCUGUCAUUGUGUGGCUCACUCAUGGUGAAUGUUAUGUAAUAUUUGGAUGCAAUGUGUUUCCAGGUUACUUUCUACAUAAUCUUGAGCACUGCUGGUAUCUCUCUCAAUACCGCAGAAAUCGAUAUUGACCUUGAGCUUCAAACGUAAGUAGCACUAUAGUUUUUUCACAAACGUGACUGAUGACUGACUUGGUGGCCUUGUAGAACAAACGCUGUUAUGUGUCACUUCUCUUCUUUCAGGACCAGUACACAGGACAAAAUGGGCAGAGUGAAAGCAAAGGCUAAAGUAGUGAUUGAGCUGUUACUUUCUGUUGCAGGGUAAGUAAAGUUUUUCUAUCAUUUACACUUUUUGAUUACUGCAUCAACUAGAUUUGAAAUACUUUUUGAUCUGAUUAUUUGAAAGCUAUUGUGUGCAAUGUAGUCCUCUAAUAUGUGUUUGUUUAUCAUCAGAGUUGCGAGACCCUCCCAGGUGUAUUUUGGGGGCGAUGUGAAAGGAGAGAGUGCCAUCAAGACAGAAGAGGAGAUCGGCAGUUUGAUUGAUUAUGAAUUUAAGGUAAUUAUCAUUGUCUGCUUAUCUCACAGAGUUUCUCAAUAUCACAUGAUCUGAGUUUGACCGUGACGUUAAAAAUGUUAAUAUUAUACCUCCAGAUAAUCAAUUUGGGUAAGCCGUUGAAGUCCUUUGGCACAGCCUCAUUGAACAUCCAGUGGCCCAAAGAGAAUGUGGAUGGGAAAUGGCUGUUAUAUCUGGUUAAGAUCAGCACCACUGGCCUGGAAGAGAUCCCCUGCUCCCCAGAGACUGAGAUCAACUCUCUCAAACACAUUCAGGUAAUACUCUCCUACUGAAGUUUCACUGUGCUUGAUGCAUUUGUGGAAAAGCAAAAUCAGCCAGAGAUGAAGCGUUAUUAAGAAAUUCAAGUUUGAAACACUAACUUGUGAUUAUGUUUUUUUAGGAGUCCAGCACAUCUAGGAAAAAGCGUGAAGUUGGAGGCAAAAAACCUGGAGACAAAAUCUCUUUGUUAUUGGACCAAAAAAAGCACAGGAUUUUGGUAAACACACUUUCACUUGCAUUUAAAAAGAGAUCAAUAAUGACAGGUUGUCUGACAAAAGGUUAUGUUCCUCUCAGAUGUGUGGCAAUGGCUAUGACGCUAGAUGUGUGGUGAUCAAGUGCCCUCUACAGGGCUUGGACAGUAGUGCAGUGAUUGCUCUGAGAUGCCGUCUGUGGAAUGCUACUUUCCUUGAGGUGAGAAACAACAUGCCUGUUGCUAUUUGCUUUUCAAAAUAUUCCUAAAUAGCAGAUAAGAUUGAUUCAGUCAUUCUGUAACAUUGAAAACCUUUGUUUUGAAACAGAAUUAUGCAUCUUUGAACUAUCUUGAUAUAAUUGUGAAAGCUUCCAUCAGCCUUGAUGCUCCUGCAAAGAAUAUGGUUCUCAGGAAUGCUGAGACUCAGGUGUGUGGCACUGAAGAACCCUUGACAUCCAUUAUCAUCCACUCACACAAUGACUGGCCAAUACAGUUUAAGAAUUUAUAUGUAACAAAUCUAAAUAAACUGACUGUUUCUUCUUGUACCCAUGCAGGUGAGAGUCACAGUGUUUCCAGAGAAGGCAGUAGCCCAGUAUGGUGGAGUUCCCUGGUGGAUCAUCCUUGUGGCUGUCCUGGCUGGUAUUCUGAUGUUGGCAUUGCUAGUGUUUCUACUCUGGAAGGUAGGCAUGGUCUACAACUGCAACACAUUUACCGACAUAUUCAUUGUAAUGUACUCUGAGCUAUUAGUAGACACAUGUAACAGUGAAUCAUUAUUCAUUCAGGUAGUAUUAUAGGAUAUCUAUGUUCUCAUAUUGUUCCCAAUUAUUCAUCACCCUUGCUCUCCUUUAGUGUGGUUUCUUCAAGAGAGCCCCACAAAACCAGUAUGAUGCAGCGUAUCACAAGGCUCAGAUCCAUGUUCAGGCCUCUGACAAAGAGAAACUCACUACUGAGGCAUAGUGCCUGAUCUCUGCACUCAGACCUGGGGUAAAAUGGGCAUUGCAGUCAGCAUGGAGUGUGGGCUUAACAAACACUAACUCACUUUUGCUUUAAAGGAAAUGCUUACUUCCGAAGCUACUUCUGCACAUCUCAAGUGCAAAAAGUCAAAGAGACACAUACAUAGACAAAUUCAAUUUGUACUAUAAUUGAUAAUUUAUCCAAUUUGAGUAUGUACAAAGAGCUUUGAUAGGGUGUUCAGACAUUUGUUCAUGUAUGUGUGUUUGAAUUUGGUCAGCAUUCAAUAUACCCCCACCCCCCAGUUAUUAAAUUUUCCUACUUUUCAAACCUAUCAACCACUAUUUAUUGUGUGCUUUGAAGUUUCUUCAUUGUUCUAGGUUUCUGCUUUGUCAGCCUGGCUGUUUGGAAAUGCUAUUUUGAAUACUACUCUUUCCAUGUGAAGCAUGCUCUCACACAAAACACUCUUUGGAUUGCCUCUCUGAUUUGCUUGAGUAUUAUAUUUGUGUUUGUUGUAUUUGUAUGUUCAGGUUGAUACAAGUCUAAUUUAUAAUAAUUUAUCUUUGCUUUUCUCUUGCCAGUGUGGAUUUUUCAAACGUUCCAAACAGGAUGACAGCGUUCCAAGAUACCAUGCUGUACGGAUAAGGAAAGAGGCUCGUCAGUUCAAAGACGGGAAAGCCAAGGUGGAUUCCUUUGAGAAAAAACAGUGGAUGACAAGCUGGAAUGAGAACGAGAGCUACUCAUAAGACACUUGAUUGUUGGGAUGCUGUCAGAGACAAGAAUCUCCCAUUUUUCUAAACAUCCCAGUGUCACGAACCCAUUGAUCUUAGUUAUUUAUUUUGUACAGUCUAAUCUCCAAUGACUGCAUUUGUGAAGCAAACUACAAAAUAUACUUUUUCUAUUCUCCCCAAGGAUUCUCAGAUCAAAACCGUGUCCUAUCCUAUCUGAGGAAAUGAGAAGCAUCACAUCUUACAUUUGGGUAGAGUGCGAAAAAGGAAAUUAAUACAUUUUUAUUUAUUUUUUAUCUGCCACUGAUACAGUUUUUUUUUUUGCAUGAACAAUUUCAGUCUCCAAUGUUUCGCUGUAGAUAGUCUUUUUUUUUUUUUGCGUUCAGUUUUAUCCAAUCUCUAUUGUAUAAUCCCUGCAAUGUAUAGACUGGAACAUUUUGUAUGUUUGUAUAUAUUUAAAUAUUUUAGCACACUGUAUAUUUAUUUUGGUCAUUAUCUGUAUAAAAAAAUAAAAAUAAAAAUAAAAAACAUAUGCAUUGGCCAAAUACUUUUUCAUCUAAAGGUUACUUUUCAGUAAGAGCAAAUGUUACUGCCGAUUUUCUAGGGCUGCACAGACUAAAAAGUAGCUA